AUGCUCCUCUUUUGUCUUUCCAUCACUCGCUCCCUUUCUCUUUUUCUUCCAGGCCUCCUUUCAAUUCAAUUCAAAAGAUCUGCCAGGUACCUAAGUAUACUGUAUUUACACUGUACACAAAUUAAUAAGCAAAAAAUUGACAACAAGGUGGGAGGGAGAGAGAUCAGAUCGGGAUCUUGGUUCAUCCCACCUGUAUUCCCUUCCAAGAAUCAAUCUGACCAGGAAAGCAGACUGCAAGCAGAUCGACAUGCAGGUGCAGAACAAAGGGCUCAUCUUCAAAGAACCCCCACCGCCUGGCCGGAGGUGGGCACACACCUCGCCGUCGAGGCACGAUCCUUUGAUCUCAACCAGGCCCCUCCGCCCGGCGGGGUGAUCACCAAGAACCUGUACAGCAGUCUGGAUCCGUACAUGCGCGGGCGGAUGCGCGACCCCAGGAUCCCGUCCUACUCGCCGCCGUACACGCUGGGGGAGCCCGUCACGGCGUACGCGCUGGCGCAGGUGCUUGUCUCGGACCACCCGCAGUACCGCAAGGGGGACAUCCUCUUCGGCCGGUUCAGCGUCGAGGAGUACAGCGCCGUGCCCCGGGAGGUGCUCGACUGGGACCAGACACGCAAGGUCGACAACCCCUACGGCGUGCCGCUGUCCAACUUCCUCGGCAUCCUGGGCAUGACGGGCCUGACAGCGUACUCGAGCCUGUACGAGAUCGGCCAGCCCAAGAAGGGCGAGACCAUCUUCAUCUCCUCGGCUGCCGGCGCCGUGGGCCAGAUUGUCGGCCAGAUCGCCAAGCUCGAAGGUCUGCGCGUCAUCGGCAGCGUGGGCGAUGACCGCAAGCUGGCCUUCAUUCUCGACGAGUUGGGCUUUGAUGCCGGCUUCAACUACAAGAAGGAGAAGCCGGCCGAUGCGCUGCGGCGCCUGGCGCCUCAGGGCAUUGACAUUUACUACGAGAACGUGGGCGGAGAGCAGCUCGAGGCGGCGCUCGACGCGAUGAACAAUUAUGGGAGAAUUGUUGCCUGCGGAAUGGUCUCCCAGUACAAUCUCCCGCUCGACCAGCGCUACGGGGUCAAGAACCUGUUCCAGAUCGUCGCAAAGCGGCUCAAGAUGCAGGGCUUCAUCGUCGGCGACCCGGGCUUUGGACCCAAGUAUUUCAAGGAGAGGAACGAGCGGAUUGCAGCGUGGCUCAAAGAGGGCAGGAUCAAGAGCAAGGAACACAUCACCGAAGGCAUUGACCAUGCUGCAGAUGCUUUUGUCGCCAUGCUCCGGGGCGAGAAUUUCGGCAAGGCGAUUCUGAAGAUUGCGGAUCCGGAGUAA